AUGAGGAUUUCCACCAAUAAACUGCAACAGCUCACAAUAUUCACCACCUUACUGACAGGAGGAGGGAUUAGCACCAUGUACUACUUGAUGCAGAAGAAAUUUGCCGAGUCAGACUACCAGAAAUUGCCUCUGCAGAAGUUGGAAGCGUGUACGGUCGCCAUGGAGAGUUUGGGCGCUCCACCCUUAAAAAUUCACAACAUCCAUCUGACUGACAAGCACAAUCGAAUAGACCACCAAACAGCACAGAUAAAGAUCCCUGUGACUGGGUCAAAAACUGGGGGCUAUUUAUAUACAUCAUCCACCAGAGACCCAAUCACCGACAGAUGGAGUGUGAAGCUGGCAGUUUUGAGACUCAAAGAAGGGGAGACCAUUGACCUAAUGAAUCCUCCGUUGGUGGCAUCAGAAUGGCAGCUAGAGGAUACCGACUGA